UGGUAUGUUUAGUAGGUCUGCAUUAAUUAAUUAUGGUUGGAUUUUGUAUGAUGAAAACUUUCAUUCUCUGAUGAUAUCCAUUACACUGAAACAAGAUAGGAAAUCCAAUUUCAUGGUGGUAAAUUAAUAAGUAGUAAGUUGAAUUUUUUUUUUUUUGUCAACAGUUGAAGUUAAAUCUCCUUUUUUGUAUUUCUAUUAUUUGAUGGGCCGGCCCGUCAGCCCAUACUUAAAUGAGCUAGGCUAAGAUUUUCAAGUCAUGCUGCCUGUAUCCUCUAGUAACUGCCAGGGUAUAAUUCCUCUGUGUGAGCAGGAUGCCCUGUGAAAUAAUGAAGUUUGCUAAUGAACUGAUAAAAAAAUCAUCAACUAAGGUCCCGUUUGGAUAAACAGCUUAAUUAAGCUCUUAUGGUCAUAAGCGCUUAUGACAUAAGCGCUUAUUCAUAAGCUAUUUUUAAAAAUUUAUUGAAAUAAAUAAAAAAUAAGCUGUGUAUAAGCAUAAGCUGUUUUUCAUAAGCUAUCCUGAGUAGCUUAUGAAAAUAAGCUGAAAAUAGCUUAUGGCAGACCAUAAGCUGUUUGCAUAAGCUCUCCCGUACACUGACAUAAGAGCUUAUGCUGUCAGAUAAGCUCAAAUAAGCUCUUCCAAACUGGGCCUAAAUUUAAGUACCUGACAUAUAUAAGAAAUAUAUGAAAGCUCAUAUGUUGUUUUAAUUUGGUCAUGAAAUAAUCUACAGGUAACCAACAACAGUUGGUCAGCAAAGCCUUCAGCAAGUGAUGCUGAACUGAAUUCCAAAAUCGAAUAUGCUUUUGCAACUAACUUAAUUAGGCAAUUGCAAGCUGAUCCAAUAUUAAGGUGGUUCCUGCUUCUACUCCAACACUAAUAUGCAUCUGUUGUCAUGAGACAGAUCUAUGCACUGAAAAGAAGAGACACUUGGUAACUGUGAUGUCAAUGAUCAAGGCUCAAGACUUAAUAAAUGUGCUAUAAGUAAGGCCAGCAUACUACAUUAGUUAUUUGCAUAAAGAUAGACCCCUUUAAGAAAAAGGGAAGAAGUAUAGCAUUUGUGGUAAUGAUUUUAAUAAACAUGGAUUAUUUUAUGUGAUUCUGAAUUGGUUCAUUUUAUUAUGUUUUUCUUUGAUGUACAGGUUAUGAGAACUGCUAGUGUGCUGUGAAGGAAAAAUAUCUGAUGGUUUAUAAGCAAUUAGUUUUUAAUUGCUUAAAUUAAUAUUAAGUAGAAUGAAGCAUGAUAAAAUGCAUUCAAUCAAUCUGAUUCUAUUCAAUAUCUCAUGCAUGUCUUCCCCCCCCCCCCCCCCCCCUCUCCAGUUUAGGAAUAUAUAAGAUACAAUCAGUCUCUUGUUUUUUCAUCAUAAAAGUACUAAAAAAUAUUCCAUAAUAUUUCACUUUUCCCUUAAAUAUCCAACAAUCAAAAUAUUCUCUGAGUUUCUGAUUCUAUAUGCUAUAUGAGGUGAAUGUCACAUGAGAAUUGAGAAGAUGAUUGAAAUUCAUUGCAAAAAGUAGUAAAUUGUGUCACACUCACAUUUCAACCACUCACGCUAUGUUCACCUACUUGAUCAUGCAUCAAACAACAAAUCUCCUAGCAUAUGAAUCAUUGAACAUUUGAACCUCUAUAAAUACCUUCACUUUCUCUCCACUUUACAGCACUAUAAGCAGAGUUCUAAUUGUUUCACUAGCACCAUUUGGCUUUCCACAUUUUCCUAGCUAUCACUCACAUAACACCAUGACCAAAUCAAUUCCCUUUCUCAUUCUCCUUCCCCUGCUCCUCUCUCUCAACUCUGGGGGGCAUGUGAAGUUUGCUGAUGGACGAAAGGUUGCUAACAACAACAGUAGCUGGUGUGUUGCAAAGCCUUCAUCAACUGUUUUUGAGCUGAACACUAACAUUGAGUAUGCUUGCAACGCCAUCGGAGAUUGCAGUGUGAUCCAAUCAGAUGGUUGUUGCUUCAACCCCAACAAUCUAGUGAAUCAUGCCUCUGUUGUGAUGAAUCAGUACUAUGCAACUGCUGGAAGAAACACCUGGGAUUGUUACUUCUCUGGCUCUGGUCUCAUUGUUACCAAUGACCCAAGUUAUGGGAGCUGCAAGUAUGCUUAGGCCUCAGUGGAAAUAAUAAGGAGAAAGAUACAUAUUACAUGAGUAAUAGUGUAUCUUUCUAGUAUAUGUCUAUUACAAUAAGUGGUUUAUAUUAUGUGUAAUUCAUGAUGUGUUAAAACAUAUUGAGGUUUUUAUUGGAAGAAUGAGUUUACA